GUGGCAUGUUAAAAACAAAGACAAUGCUGCGCGCGUAGAAGCUGAUGAAGCGAAAGACCGACAUAAAAAACAAACAGAUUCCAUUCGCAGUUUGAUCGCCGUACGUUUCCUAUUAAUUACUCUUACCCUUCUUCAGACACAAGAAGCAAGGGCGGACUAUCUCCGAAAAAAAUCCAAAAACUUGCCUGGAGGUGAAAUUAGUUUAAGUGCAGGGCAAACACUUCGACUUUUCGCGGAUGCGGAGGAGAACCGGGAUAUUAAUGCCACCAACGAGGAAUACGAAGCAGAGAAAAAGGAGACGAAGGAAGCGUAUGAGAAGAAAAUAGGCUUGUUGCGUUAUUUGGGUGAAACUAGUGAAGGCAAAGUUAAUGAAAAGCCUUGGUGGUCGGAAGUCCCCAUACAUCGAAAAAAGGCGAAAAAGGUCUCAGUGCCUGUUUCGGAAGAAAUUGAUCUAAAGAAAAAAAGUCGUUUGGAUCCUCUGUAUGCCAUGAAAAAAGUGGAGGAGAAUUUCGCUCAACGACGGGAGAUGCAGUUAUUAAUGGAAAAGAAGGAACGUGCCGCAGCCGCAAGCUGUAUUAAUGCAUACCCAUCCUUCUUCCCGGAUGACAUUAAAAACCCCGACGUAAGCACGUCUGUGUUAUGGACGCAUGUCCAAUUCGUUUUUGGCGGAUUUAUCACGAGACUGUAA